GGAGAUGCCGAUUCAGCACCGCCCAUUCCGAGGGAUCCGCGCCACGCCGAAGCGUCUCCCCCGCUUUAUCAAAUUCCCCUUGCGGCACAUCAAAUUCACGCAACCCUCUUCCCUUUCCCCCGAUAUUUCCUGCACUACCAUCGUCCAAGAUCCCAAAGCAAAGCUGCACAACAAGAGCGAGGAGAACGCCGCAGCUACAGAGCCAUGGCGAGCGAGCAGAAGCAGAGCCUGAUGGACAAGGCCAAGGGUUUCGUGGCGGAGAAGAUCGCGCACUUGCCCAAGCCGGAGGCGUCGCUGGACGGCGUGUCCUUCAAGAGCAUGAGCCGCGAGUGCAUCACCCUGCACAGCAACGUCAACGUCUCCAACCCCUACGACCACCGCCUCCCCAUCUGCGACGUCACCUACACCCUCAAGCUCGCCGGCAAGGUUGUGGCGUCCGGCACGAUGCCCGACCCGGGCUGGAUCGCGGCGAGCGACACCACGAAGCUGGAGAUCCCGGCCAAGGUGCCGUACGACUUCCUCGUCUCGCUGAUGAAGGACGUGGGCAGGGACUGGGACAUCGACUACGUGCUGGAGGUAGGGCUCACCGUCGACCUCCCCAUCGUCGGCAACUUCACCAUCCCGCUCUCCACCAGCGGCGAGUUGAAGCUCCCAACCCUCAAGGACAUGUUCUAAUUUGGCAAGCAGCAAAAAUGUAAUCGGUUGAUCCCGGUGACUGUAUCUUGCGAAUAAUGGCACCUGCUGCUCUGUUCCAGUUCUACUGCUGCUGCUGCUACAUAUUAGCAGAACUCGACAUCUGUUUAUGAAUACAUGGCUAAUGGUUGCAAUAAUGAGUGCGCUUUAGGCCUGAUUGCCAGAAUGUUCAGGUCCUGUGUGGAA